ACCGCGAGCCGUGAGCGCGUCAGUGCGCAGCGAGCUGCCGGUACGGGAGGAGGGUUCGUCGUGUACGCUCUAUCCGUGGAAAUCGCACAGCCACGUGGUACUCUCCUACGUGGUUCUCGCCUCUCGUCGUCAUUGUCGUGUAGCAUUGCGCGAUCGCGUGACGCGCUCGCGAAACCGGGUCGUGCGUUUCGUUUCGUUCCGUUUCGUUGCAAUUCAAAUCGAACGCGAUUGCCGGCAUUACGUUCGUCCCUCAAUUUGACGUGGCGUCGCGUCGUUUUGCCGUCGUUUCGUCGACAGUAUUCCUUGGAAUUCGUAUUCCACUGAUAUUCACUGGUGGCGAGAACAUUGCUGCAUCCGGACGGUCCAGUAACCUGCAAGGUGGCAUCAUUCGCGAUAAGGGUGACGGUGACGGAACGACGAGGUGACGAUGACUAACGCGCGUUCAACUAAUGGGUGUGAAUUAACUCGGAAUUAACAGUAUGUAGCGAUACCGCAGCUGAACCAAUCAUGGAGAAGAGAUCGUCGAGAGGAGUUGACGACGCAGCGGUCGGAGGACGCGCAUGGUGUGUCGCGGCAUCGCGCGUGUUUCUCAACAUAUAGCCUAUUGUUCGAUUAAUAAUUAAAUUUUUCAUUUAAAUCGGUUAAAUGCUUCAUCUGUACAAGUGAAUAUACCUGUUGGAUACAUUUUUGCGAGUGCGCGAAAAGUGAUUCGUGUCAAAUAACGACAUCCGUGCGUUGAAACGCCGGCGCGUCGCGACGCCGGAUUAUUUCUUGGAAUCAUCCCGAGCUCUGGCCGACGAGACAUGUACCGGAAAUGCAGGCUGCAACAACGUGACAGCAACUGCCGAUCACCCGAUAUACACAGAUAACGCGCGUGAUCGUGGAAGAUUCAGAUCCAGGUCUAGAUCGAGGUCGAGGAACGGAGGAUUUAAAUCUGAGCCUGAAGACGCCAACGAUGACAAUGAUGAUAGAAAGUCGGGCAACUUUAAGACCAAGACUUUAGACCUGUCAUUCGAAUCAACGAAUGCAAUCGACGAUCGAUCAAAAGUAGAUCAUGUUGGAGGAUUUCGAAGGGUGGAGGAUUUCUUGAAGAAAGCGCUGGGACAGCAAAGUCGAAAUCCGACCAGAGAAAAUAUUCAGGAUGAUUCACUUUCGUUGAAGAAGAAUAUUCCAAAACACGUACUGCCCAAAGUGAAGAGGAAUAAUCAGGAUAGUCCUUUGCCGUCGAAGAAGGACGUUCACGAAAAACUUGUAUCGUUAAAGAACGCCGAUGGAAGGAUAUCGUUGUCGAAAAUAAGGCUUGGACAAUCGGCGCAGCGAAAUAUCGAAAAAGAGAAAUCAUUACUUCCGAGAAAGAUUAGAGAAAAGGAUUCCGCCAACGAGAUCUCGCAAUUGACAAAGGAAGCUAUCGGAAGAACUCGCUCACUCUUCAACAAGUAUACUACUCGAGAAAGGAUAUCGCGAACGGAAAACAGUCCUGAAGAAAGUCUACAGUAUAUAGAGAAAAAUAUUGAUAACAUUCGUCCGCUAUCAUCGAAGAAGAGAAAGAGUCGGGCUGACUCAUCGAUGCGAUUGACGAGAAGCGAUUCGGUUGAAAGGGACAUUGCUUCAGCGGAGAAGCAAAAAGGGCUAUCGCACCCGGCUGAAAGAACGAUCGAGAAUAAUUCUUUAUUAAAGACGAAUCUUUGUAUUUUAAAGCCGAUCAAAGAUACGGAUGAGGAGAAUGAAAGAACGGUGCCUGUACCUCCUUUAAGACUCAAACGAUUCAAGAACCAUUCAGUAGAUGUAGAAAACUCGAUCGUUCACAGACCCCAUCGUUCAUCGUCUGAGGGGGACCCUCAGAGUCCCAGUUCUAAAAAGGUACGGGCAGAACGCAACAGCGAUUACAAAUUGAAGCGGUCGCCUCCGCCAGAGGAGGACUGGCUCGGUCGGGGGUCAACCAAGUCCGAUAACGACGGGUCAGCCAAUAAACACGAUUCGCCGAUUGCGAGAUGCAGACUCGCGGUUUCAAAUCACUAUGCGGAACGUCAGUCGAUCGCGAAAUCACCCAAAGAGCAUAUCUUUAAAAUCUCCCCUCAUCUCCAGGAGUUAGCCGAUCCUAUCGCGGUCUCCAUUCGCGUCGGGAGCGUACCGGAGCGUUCGUACCUCGAUGAACAUCUCGAGAAGAGACUCGUUAAGGUGGACGAGUCCGAGGAGAUCUUGAGAGAUCGAGUGAUCGAGGUGCAAGAAACCGAAACGGCAUUAAAGAAACCAGUCGUCAAGAUAAAGGACUCGAAAGAGCUCUUGAACGGAUCGAUCGAGUCGCGUCUCGAGAAGGAAACGUUAACGAAUCAACGUGUCAAAGUAGGCAGCAACGAUUCGUCGUCGACGCACUCGACGAGGAUCAUCGACGAGCCUGAGGCGAGCGAAAAGUGUUCAAAGGAGUCUCUUCUGCGAUUGACCGAGGGUAGGAGGAGGUGUUUGACAAGUAAAAGGCUACUCCGUAACAACACGAGAAUGAAGCUGACGAUCAGGCUGAUUCGUAUUCGCGACAAACUGGUGUUGGGCCUGAGCGCGUUCGCCAUCGUAUUCACGCUGCUGCUGGUGAUGGACCUGCAGAUGGACCUGGGCUACAGCGGCCAUCACCUGACCCCGAGUCACGCUCGCAUCAGGGUCGGCGAUCCGCCGAACGCCGACACAGUCUACAACAAUUUCCGGCGGAAGUUCCUUCAACGUGCCAACAACGGCAGUCGAGAACAGGCAAAUGGCGAUGCGAUGUCCGUAGUUGACAAAUCGGGGAAGAACGAAGCGACGCCGCCGACAUCCACCUCGACGAGGAAGCGUGACAAUUUCGCGGAUCUGCUGGAUGUGGUGGUGAACGGAUACGGAGUGAACGUCGACGAAGGUGUGGCGAGAAUUAGCGGAGAGGAUCGGGAGUACAAUCCAACGAUCGGAGACUUGAGGAAAGUGACGGCCAGAAAAAACAGCACAACCUUGGACAAGUUCCAUCUGCAAAUCUCGAGGUUGGAGCUGUAUCCUAAGGACUCGGAGUACGUGGAUCAGUUACUUUAUGAGAUAGCGACCAAACCGAUUCUCCAUGUCGUUCAGAAGGAUGGUGGCACGCAAUUAAAACUGAUCAUUGAUUACGGUGACAAUAUGCAGGCGCUGUUCAAACCAAUGCGCUUCCCGCGAGAACAGCAGACUUUGCCGAAUCAUUUUUACUUUACGGAUUUUGAGAGGCAUACCGCCGAGAUUGCCUCCUUCCACUUGGACAGGCUUUUGGGAUUUCGUCGAGCGAUGCCGGUAAGCGGUCGAACCCUCAACGUCACGACGGAAAUUUAUCAAAUUGCCGACGGCGAGCUGCUGAAGACGUUCUUCGUGAGUCCGGCCGGCAACCUGUGUUUUCACGGCAAAUGCAGUUACUAUUGCGACACCGCACACGCGGUCUGCGGCAGCCCCGACACUCUGGAGGGGAGCUUCGCCGCUUUCCUGCCCGACAGAGCUCUCGCAGCCAGGAAAGCCUGGCGACAUCCCUGGCGCAGAAGCUAUCACAAGCGAAAGAAGGCCCAGUGGGAACACGAUUCCGACUAUUGUUCCCUAGUCAAGGAAAUCUCACCGUACGACGAGGGUCGACGAUUGCUCGACCUGAUGGACAUGGCAGUUUUCGACUUUUUAACGGGCAAUAUGGACCGCCAUCAUUACGAGACGUUCAGGAUUUUUGGCAACGACAGUUUUACGUUACAUCUGGAUCACGGAAGGGGUUUUGGGAAACCGUUUCACGACGAGACGUCUAUUCUGGCGCCUCUCUUGCAGUGCUGUAUAAUCAGACAGACGACUCUGAGCACUCUACUCCGCUUCCACAACGGGCCCACGCGACUGAGCACAGCCAUGCGGCAAAGCAUGGCGAGGGAUCCCGUGGCUCCCGUUCUAUGGGAACCCCACCUGGAUGCCCUGGACAGGCGGAUAGGUAUCGUUCUGCAAGCCGUCCGCGAUUGCAUCGCACGCGAAAAUUCCUCGCAGCAAGUCAUUCACAGUGAUAAUACCGACUCCAAGUUAUAGCCUUCGAUCGUGACUUAGAAUAACUCGAUUGCAAUGUAUAAAAAGAUACAAAUGGAUCUCUUUUUAAAAAGCCUCCCGUUUUCUAACGACUCUAAGGAGGUCCAAUCUCUUCCUUUUCCCUUCUUUUUAUCAAAGAUUAUCUUGUACUUGUACUUUUAAGACCAACUUUUAACUUAGACUUAUCUUAAUUUAUAAAACUCGGUACUAUCGUUAUCGAUCGUUUUCCCAUUUACUAAUCAUAAUGAUAACAAGCCGACGUUUCAAUGCGAGAUGCAUAUCGGCAGGUUAAUGAUUACGAUAAAUUUGUUUAAUCGAUUUGAGCUAAUUUAAGAAUUUAUAAAAAGAUAUAUCGCUCACCGGAAUAGACGAAAAAUUACAAGAAAUAUUUUGACAGUGUUCUUAAACGCGAUGCUAAAUAUACGUAUGUGUAUAUGCAUGUUCCUGUUAUGGAGCGAAUAACAAUUACAAGAGAUAGUUAGAAGAGAAUUAUCGUUUUACCGCAACUUGCUUAAAUCGCGAUAUUAAAUUGCUAUCUGAUUUCAAUACACGCAACUGAGAACAAAAAGGUGAUACGUCAUUUUCGCAACGCAGUUUAAAGACAAAAUUAAAUUAAAUCGAGUCUCAGAAAACUCACAAUUUAAAAGAGAAAGAAUUUUUAGGUAAAACUUGAAUUUGAAAAGGCGAGUCCGGGAAAACAAAGUGCAAUUGCUUCUUUCUAGACUCCCUUUCCUUCGAGUCGUUUGUUUUAUUAUAUUAUUAUGUUAUUAUUAAUGUAUUGUAGAAGUUCUUUUUGCGGAAAGAAAAUAACCGAUUUAUAUAUCGCGGGAACAUAUCGCGGAAAAUGUCCGAUUGUCACUUUUAUACUUGAUGUACAAAGAGGCUGUUAUUUUAUGUACAUAUUGUAUGCAUAAUAUCUACGGACAUAUAAUUUAGUUACACGUACCACGACUUGGUGCAACAAUAAAACUGCACAAAUUUUAUCAAGGUGUGCAAGCAAGAACGUUACUGUAAAUAACUGUAAACGCAACAAAUGACAACGUUGAAUUGAAUUAAUCCAUUUAACGGCAAAGAUUCAUAAAGUAAAGUCCGAGGUUCUCAUAAAACAACGAUUAAAGAAACGAAACGUAUUGAUAUCAAGACUUGAUCAUGCAUUAUGAUCACGUGGCCUUUAAUGGGUUAAGCGGAAAUAUAUAAUGAUACGUGUAAAUAAAAAUGUGGCUUUUUGCUAAUGUAAAAAAGGAGAGGUAUCGGUUAAAUAUCGUUGCGCGUGCGUGGCGCUUGCGUAUGUACAAAUGCGUGUGGGAGAGCUUUUGUAAAGUGUUUAAGCUUUUCAUACGCAUGGUUUACGUUCCUUGAGAUACGCAUCUGUGUAUGCGAGGAAAAUGAAUCGACAAAAUGAAACAAACUAGACGCAAGUCGUGUCGCAAGUUAUUCAAUCAGCACAUCUUCUCCCCUCCAUCCAAAUGUCAUUUCUGAAAGCGCAUACCCGUAAAGCGCAUACUCGUUAGUUGACUCUUUUUCUUUUUCAGGACAUUACUCGGGGCGUUCGCGUUAUUGAAAAGUUCAAUUUGUUGUUGAACACGCCCUGAAGGUAAAAAUUUCAGUUUUGUCUGUUCUUACUCUGGAAAAAGUUGGUUAAUUUUCUCUUUCGAGCGAUCGAUCUCACGCGACAAUGUUCAUUUGUGAAGAAGAGCCAAAAAGUCUCUUCUUUCCCGUCUCUCGAAUCUGCACAGUGAGUCUGUGUGAGGAAAAGAAGGAACAGAAAUUAUGACACUUUAUUGUCACUUAUGAGAUCAUUGUUUUAUCUUCUAUAUAUUUUUUGUGACAUUAACAUUUCUACGGAUAUAAAUCGCAUAUUGAUGCAAGAAGCAAUUUUCCAUUGGAAAAAUAUAUAUAGGUGUCGUGGCUUGGAUGAUAAACGAUCGCGUUGCACUUGCAUAUGUAUAUAAUACGCAUGCUAUGAAAAAAAUUAUCAAUCACACGUACACUCACACAUCUAGAGCCGCGUGAUUACGAAGCAAGAAAGAAAAUGCUCUUUAUUGAUCCUCUCGGGGAAAUCCAUCGUUAACCUUUCCUCGAGGUAAGUUCCCUUCCUGCGAGGAGAAGAGAAGCAAAGUUUAAGCUCUCGCUAAAGGCGAAUAAAGUUACGCGGAACCGCAAAUUCCCAAGUACAACAAACGCGGGGAGAUCCGACGGAUACAUUAAGGUGCGAAAAGUCGCGCAAAUAUUUGAUGAGCUGCGGGGAGCUGAGAGAAAGCGCGUGAGAAUUACGCGUGAAAUUAAUUCGUCGAUUGCUUCAUCAUUUUAUUUAACGUUCAAACUAAACUAUCGUUUUUUCAUCGUCAACUUGACGUUCGAAAAUGGAUAUUUGAGCGUUUGCAAAUACAUGGCAAAAUCUUAUUCCUCAUUAGAUUUCAAGCGGACUGCUUGACUUCAUCGUUAAUUAGCAUCGCAUUAAUGUCAGAAUCUCGAUAAUUCAAAUAAUGCAUUCUUGUCGGGGCAUGCGUUUGCUCUUGAUGCCACUUGAACAAUCCGAACAUCGCGAGUCACGCAAACUCGUUUCACAGCUUUUUUCCAUUCUCGCGGAUUUUCCCGACUUUUUGCAGUUAUAGUUGACAGAGGACACGUCGGAGGCUUGUAGAUCGUAGAAUAAAUUUCGCAGGCCUGUCUGUCUCGCAAACGAAUGACCGCGCAAGAAUCAAACACGUCGCGAUAUCUCCCAUAAAUUUGUCAAUCACGCUGUUGUAUUUUCUCUCUCUGUCUUUCUCUCUCUCUCGGUUAAUAUUACUUUUACAUUACUUUACUUUUAAUAUUACUUUACUCGAUAGCUCGAUUUCGACAUCUUUCAAAAGGAAAGAAAGAAGAAAUUUUGGAAAAUGAAAUAUUCAGGCACUUGUAUCUGCACGUGUCACAGGCAAAUUCACAAUGAUCUCAGAUAAUAAAGUGGCUCGUUAUUUUACGUUCGAUUCCAAUGUUUGUCAAAUCGUUCAUCGUAAAAGCAUUGAAAUUAUUAAUUAACAAUCUGACGGAUUAACGUUGACGUUAAAAUCACGGUUGCAAUGCGAAAAAUGAUUUUUUUAUUAUUGUAAUCAUGGUGCACGAGGAUUGAUUUAUUUAUGGAUUGGAAGGUGAGAAGGCAAUUCUUUAUAUAUACUCUAUAUAUAACUGUUAAUCGCCCAUAAUGCAGAAGGCAACUCAAUCUGUCUGUCAGGAAACAGACGUCCUGCUCGAGACGUCUAACGUCACAGGCAAAUCCGAGAUCGUGUAAUUAACAGGAUAUAACACACUCACCCCAGCUGCUCUCCCGCACGCCAAUCGGUUUCCUUCAAAGGGAGGCUGGUCUGAUCUUGCAGCUAUCACUGCCACGAGCAGAUCUCAGAUUGCUAAUGCCAGUGAAGACGUUCGUUCAACGCAGCUCGGUUGCCAUAUCCGUGAAUCUUGUUUAUUAAUCUUCUGAUAAAAUCUCGAGAAUCUCUAAAAACAUUAAGCACAUAUCAUGUAAGAAACUGUGCGUGCAUUCGUGUCAAUUAUUGCGAGUUUUUUUUCCUUUUUUUUCCAAUCAAAAA